AAUAAACUAAAUUACAGACUAUUUCAGGAACAGCACUACGGUUACAAAAAUCUGACAUCUGUCAAAUGUCAUGUUUACAUCACAUCUGUCAAUGGAUAAUGGAUGAUGGGUAUAGUGAGAAAUAGUUAUUUAGAAGUUAAUAUAUCAUUAAAUUUACCUUUCUGUACUUUGGUGAGGGAUACAGGCAAAAGUAUAUAACAAGGCAAUUUUCUAAAGUGCAUAUUGGCUAUGGAAACUACUAGCAGUAAGCGAACCCCCAGUCGCUGUCGUGAAUGGGAACGUCGUAGGCGUGAUAAAUUUAACGAGGCAUUAUCUAAACUGCUCGAAAUUGUGAAAAGUAUCAACAAAACAAACUGUCCAGAUGAAGUCGAGGAUGUUCAGUAUUCGAAGAUUGAAAUCAUUCAAAAAGCGAUUGUAUGUCUAACGAACUACAACCAGGAGAAAACACAAUUGAAAGCAGAAAUAUUAGCUCUACAAGUAAAGCUCAGUGCAGAAGUGGACAAAAUUAAAAACUUUAAAGAUGCCUCAACUCAAGUUCAUAUAGGUUUAAAUAAAAAACGUAAAGGCAAUAAAUAUGUCAAAUUAUUGAUGUUGAAGAAAGGAAAGACCAAAAGUAAUGAGCCUGGAAAACAUAUUGCCAAUAAAAAGCCUCCACCACCCGACCCACAGAGAAAAUUACCAAUUCUUCUUCCAAGAUCGAAUUUAAUUAGCAAUAAAAAAGGACCAGAAAGUGCAAUAGUAGUGCUUCCAGCAGCCCCAUACAUUUUCCCACAAAGACCACUGUUGUUCCCAUCUGUACCUCCAGCCAUAGUUUUAGUAGAUCAAAAUUUACAACCAAUAAACAAGGCACCUCUUCCUAUAGUAAAUAGAAAUAAUGGAGAUAUAACUAAGACUACCAUGGUCAAUAUUCUUCCAAUAUCGGCCUACUCCCGUUCUCUAUCAGCCGUCAAAAGCAAAAAAUCAAGUGUUAAAUUAAAAAAUAGCAUAAGCAAAAAGUCUACGAAAACUUCUAAAGCCACAGCUAAGACUGCGAAAGAUACCUCAAAAAGUAAUGAAGUUAAAAACGUAUCUGUUGAUAGUUCUAAAGAAAAUAAUAAAACGAAAUCGGAAAAUAACACAAAUAAUAAUAAAGAAGUCAUAAACACAGAAAAAACCGUUGAAAGUAAAGUUACGCCUCAAAAAGAGAAUGUUAAAGUGAUUGAUAUUAAAAAAGUGGAGAAUAUAUCAAUUCCGACGGUACCACCUAAACCAACAUCUGAUAUCACAAUCCCUAAAAAUAAAGAACCUGAAGCUCAAAAAGUAUUGGAUCCUAAAACAGAUGCAGUUACGAAGAAACUUCCAAAUGCUAGUACGGUAUGUACUACGGCGGUGGUUACGACAUCUGAGACUAUUAAAACAGCUGACAAUAUUAUUAAGCAGCAGAAGAUCGUCCCCGAAAAGGUUCCAAUUCCCGAAAAGGUUCCAAUUCCGGAAAAUAAGGAGAAAGAUAAUAAAAUGCCGAACAUUUUACCAUUAGACACAGCAUUAUGUGAUAAUGUUGUUGAUGGAGGUAACGCUCGUCUUGAGUUAGCAGAAGAGUUUUUAGCCACCUCACCAACAGCCGCAUUUCUUAUGUCUUUUCCAUUAGUAAGUGGGAACAGAGCAGAUAGCCCAGCAGAAGAACAACCUACUGCUACAACACAAACAAAUCCAAAGGAUAAUCAGAAAAGACCAGAACUUGUACCUCCGCCACAUAUACCUUAUUUUGAGAAACCGAAUACAGAUGCAUUAAAAGUAAAACCAACACCAAGUAAACUGCCUGAUACAUGCAAUACCGCAGUGAAACAAAACGAUCAAUCAAAAUGUGCGGCUGUCGCUGCUACUAAAGAAUCCAGCGCCAUUACUACAGUGUCCAAAAGUUCUAACGCCGCGGCAUUACCUAAUGUGCCCAAUGUGUCUAACGAAAACCCAUUCUUGAAUUUAUCAAUGCCGUCGAUUAUCACAUCCAACAACAAUGGCGCAUUACCAGAUAACACAUUCGGCAUAGAUUUUGAAUGCAAUAUAAGUAAAUCCAUGCCAUCCCAGUCUACCGGGUACGCAAGUGGCAACAACUUUUUCUAUAAAAGUGAUCCAUUUGGGAAAAGUACAAUUUACAGUACUAGUAGUAUCACUUCAAGUCAUGAAUUCAAUGGGCUUGGCCUUUAUCCCUGUGCAAUGGAGAAAUAUGCUACAAAAAAUAAACCAGACUAUUCCAGUGUUGACGACAAUCUUAUGAAAAUCGGAUCGUCUAGGCUAACCUAUGACAUCGACUUGGGCUGGUCUCACAAAGGUUUAGAUUUCGUCAAUUGCACAACAACUGCCAAUACAUUUACUAAAGAUACAAUUCUGACGACUACCUCAACGCCUUAUACGACAUCUUAUAAUCCCUUCAAUCCUGAAUUUCAUGCACCACUUGUAUCAAAUUCGAACAAAAAAGAGAGCACAGUUAAACCCACCGCGUCUUUUGCCGAUACUAUCACAAGUUUUUACUCUCAACCUGCAAAUUUAUGGACAGAAGACGUACCAUUUUAUAACAAUAGUAACGUUUCGAAAACACUUCCUUCUAAAAACCAAAACUAUCCGACAUUUGAUCCGGUUCAGAGUAACACUAAUGUUAAACUAAAUACUAUUAAACAUUACGAAACUAAAGUACCAGAAGUGAGCGCAGAACCGGGCCUAAAGCCCACAAAUAACGUCGUGGCUCAACAUAUAUCUGAGAAGUAUACUAAGAAAUCUCCGACUAAAAUGCAUAUUAAUUGGAUGACAUCCGAAACAAGAUCGGUACAAAAUCAUUGUAACCCAAUACAUCCGGAGUUAAAGGAAACUCAGAAGGCACCAGCACCAUACCACCAACUCGAUCAUUCGGCUAAGAAACAUGACCACAACGAAAGUAACUAUUUUCCUAUCCCUAUGCAUAAUUUCCCCACUCAAACACCUCAAGAUGAGUUCCAAGUUUGGCCUUCGACUCGACCCUUGGGAACUACUGAAAUAAGCAUUGACCCGCCACCGAUCAACUUGCCAACGUUAGUCGGAGAUCUGGCGUUAGGACCACAUGAUAAAAAUAGGAAGUUAGAUGUAACUAAUCGCGGAGCACCACACGCUGAUCUCCAAAACUGCGGCAACUUCCUAUCAGUAACACAAUUAAUGAACCGUUCCACUGAUAAUAUGCCUUCUCGAUAUCAUUCGAAUGUUGAAUCGUCAAAGCCACCGCCAAGUAAACAAAAUAUCAAUCAUUUUCCUAAUGACAGUAACCGGAAAGCUAUGUCGCACUUAGAAAAUCAGAUGCCACAACCUUGCUACGUUUUCAACGACCCAAAAAUAGUUCAAACUUAUGACAGUAUGGCGCAAUUUCCAGUAACUAAAUCAAAAUCGAAUAAAACAGAAAAGUCAUCUAAAAGUCAGAAAAAUAACUAUUCCACCGAAGCGUUGCUUAGGGGUGCAAACGGUCCUCAGAAAAUACAAGACAGUAACAGUGCGAAAUUCAUGAUGCCCCCGCAAAAAUAUAGUGACUUCGUCGCCCCUCAAGACAGUGCGGUUGCUCAAGUUUCUCAUUUCCCGCCAAUUUUGGAUUACUCUGAUAACAGUUACGCCAGCCAGCAGUUUUCGGGGACCACAUUGUACAACACUACGACAAAUACCAUGUCGAAUUCAUUUUAUUCGAAUUUUAUGCCAGGAAGUAGUAAUUUGAUGUCUGGGAAUUAUACCAGUGGCCCAUUUACAGGCGAUUUUAUUGAUUAUAAUCAGACAUCUGAAUGCAAUUACGCUAACCACAAAUACGAAGAAUUAAAAAUGAGAAACAAUCCGACAGUCUUCCAAUCUGAAAAGGUGCCGUCUACUUAUAAGAGUUCAAGAAGAGAAUCUGCAGCGAAACACAAACUGGAAUGCUCUAAAAAGGAAUCGAGUAAAAAGUAUCAGAGCAAGAAGGCGAAAAUACAGAAUGAAAUGGAGGAGUGGAAUGAUCCACAUUUGCUUUGGCAGAACAAGGCUUUGAAUAAAAAGCACCCAAAUCUGAUGUCUGAGGAGUUGCCUUUUCCAAACUACGUGGGCAAUCAAAUGCCAACGCAGUAUCAAGCCGAUUUCUUCAACAGCCACCUUAUGCCUACCAACGUGCAGUCUAUGGGACACAACGUAGAUAGAUCGUUAGCCAGUUUCCCCGUAACUUCGCGUGCUAACUUCAACUUGAGUACUAUUUUUCCGGAAAUAACUAUGAAGGUGCAAUGAUAAAUAAGAUCGCAACGACGAAAUCUUUAAGUGUUGUUGCGAUCAUUAUAAUUCAAACUUUAUACACAUAGAUUUAUAUUUAAGCCCGUGAUAAUUUAAUGAAAUAUACUUGUUAUUUAUAAAAAGUUUUUUAACCACACCUAACUGAAAAGUAUCGUACACAUAAAUAGAUUGAGCAGCUAUGAUACACCUACGAAUCAGCCGAAAAAACUCAUAAAACGGAACAGAUUUCCGUUUAUUUGUAUAUUGGUACCUACUACGCUAUUUUAUAUACCUAAUACAUACUUGCUUAUCUUCGGCAAAUCCCCAAAAAAUAUGUUGUCUAUUCACUCAAAACAAUUUAUCUAGACAGACGCCUCGAAAGCAGAUGGAAGCAUAGCUAAUCUGGCUUCGUUUACUGACGGAUUAAACAGAUUAAAGUGAUCUAAAAGUGAAAUCAUCCAUAAAACUUGUGUUGAUAAAAUGUUUUUAGCCAGACGUGAGUUUCUAUUAUCUACAGACAAACGUACAUUCCUGCAUUUAACUGAAAACAUCUGUGAGUUUUUACUACUCAGUGGUACAAAAUAAAUCUACGAAACGUAAGAAUUCUUAAUAGUAAUCCAGACGUACUUAUGACUUGACUGAUACAUUAUUUUGGUAAAUAAUGUUUUUAUGCAUACGACA